UCCUGUUGCCAGAUACAGACCACCUGGGGCCUCUGUGGGCUGGGCCAGGGCUCCCUCCACACCCUGCAGGCAGGAUGCUAUCAAGCCCCAUAACCUCGACGCCCUUCUCAGUUAGAGACAUCCUCGGUCAGGAACAGGAGCAGCGCUGCCAGAAACCCAACUGUGCUGUAUUCCUCGGCUCCAACACUUGCAGGACGCAGGAAUCCACACAGGACGCACACAAAAGCCCCAGGGACGCAGCCUCCAGCCACGGGCCUCCAGGUGCUGGUAGCUGCUGGCCCAGGAGCACUACCAAAGAAGAGUUCGAGGCCCUGGGGAGUUGCUGUAACGCCGUCCUUGAAAUGACCACGGAGCCGGCAGGGUUGACAAGACAAGGCCCGGGCGGGGACAACAUCAGCAGCAAGUCGGGCUGCCCCGGAGGCCCCUGCACCGAGCGCUCCAAGGCUCGUCCGCGACGGAAGCCCCGCGUCCUCUUCUCACAGGCACAAGUGUUCGAAUUGGAGCGCCGCUUCCGGCAGCAGAGGUACCUGUCCGCGCCGGAGCGUGAACACCUGGCCCGCGCGCUGCAGCUCACCUCUACGCAGGUGAAGAUCUGGUUUCAAAACCGUCGCUAUAAGUGCAAGAGACAACGCCAGGACGCGUCCCUGGAGCUGGCGGGCCAGCCGCUCCCGCCCCCGCCGGCACGCAGGGUGGCAGUGCCCGUGCUGGUCCGGGAUGGCAGACCCUGCGUCCGAGCAGGAGGCCAGCCCUACGGCGCGCCUCCCUACGCCCCCUACCCUUGCUACGGCGCCCCCUAUAGCGCUGUUCCAGCCGCCGGCUACCAGGCCGUAGGCUCCCGCGCGAACCUGAGCUUCGCCGUGGCAGACCAGUCGGCCCAGAGCUCCCAGGGACAAUUGCAAGCCGCGCUGCAGGGCAUCAGGGCCUGGUGAGGUCCGCAGGCCACAUCCUGCACCUCUGGACUGUUCUGCGCGGAGGGAGCAUUAGAACCCAGGGAGAUUGCUCCCGACUGGCGGUCUCCUCCUUCGCCUACUGUUGGUGCAUAUAAACUGUCUCCCUCACCAGAUCCCAGACAAUCCUGCUCGCCAAGAGGCUCUGUCCGCUCCAUUUUUGGUUAAUUUUCAUUCCUCAACUACAUGGUCUACAUUGUCAGAUAGCAAGCACCCCAGAAGAUACCUUCGAGAUCGUCGACUUCGGGCCUCUCCUUUUGCAGGUGACAGUGAAAAGCCUAGAGUAGGAAAGUGACUUGUCCUAAGUCACUUGGCAAAGCCCAGACUAGACUGCUUGUUCCUGUUAACCUAGAAUAAGGAAUGUCCAAAGGGUCUGAUGCAUCCCACCAGCAUAUUUCAGUAUGUCCAUUCAUUCAACUAGCAUUAUUUAAUUCCCUACUUCCUCCCCUUUCCCCCCCAAAACUC